AUGGCAGCGUCACUCCCUGAGGAAGUUGUACAGGAGUGUGACAUCAUGCAACUUGUGGACGGUGAUGAAACGUUUUGUUGUAACUUUAUUGAUGCGUGUGGGGCUCCAGUAGCUUCGUCCCACGUCGAACAGCUACUGGUCAAUUGCUCGGUAGGAGUGAGUAUUACAACUGAUGCGACAGUCUUGAGUGAAUCGUGCGCAACUUCUGCUUGUGCCUCGGGUGGUGCUAGAUGCUCAACGGCUACGGCCACGACGUCCCCAGAAGUAGGGACUACUAUUCAGGACGACUGUGCUGACUUUCUAUUGGAUGGCGAGUUGUUUUUACGUGAUAUGGAAAAAGUGAUAACAUCAGAUUUGGGAAGCUGUGAGAAUCAGAAGAAUCAAACCGCAUUGGAACAGAGUGAAUGUUUAUUUGAUAUGAAUGCAUUCGCAGAUUUGGAGUUGCUAGCAUCUCCAUCUCCAAGUGCGCCAAGUACGUGUACGGAUGAGUCACCGUGCAAGACUGAUACAGAUGAGUUUGAGUUGGAAAGUCUGAAAGCUGAGGAUGCUGUUCAGUUGCCUGAGCCGUCGAUAGGCAAUACAUUACCUCCCAUGUCCCCUCCUAGACCUCCUCAUAUGAAUACAAUUGUAUCCGAGUCGUCUUAUGUAAAUAAAAAUGACGACAAUGUAACGAUGUCUGGCAUUUCUUCGUCGGGCGAGAGUAACGAGGAGGUCGACGAUAUGGAAGAUGAGGAUAUGACAGAUGAGAUGAACUUGUUGGAAAAGGAAGCAACAUAUUUGGAUGCUCAGUUAGAUUUUUUACAGUCUAGAGCUAAAUCGAGUCAACUACGAAGACAAAGUAUCAAGCAGCGUCGAUCACGAGGAACUGAAUCAAAUUUGCUGGCAAAGAGUCAAAAGGACAAACAGCUUUUAAAUGAGCUCGUGAUGCAGCAAAAGGUCUAUCAGGACAAUCUAAAAGCAAUGCUUGCACUCGCCCCCGUUAACGAAGUGCGGAUGGCUCUUAUGACACCUAUGGAGUCAUACAUUCGAUUGAGCAAAGAUUUUGAUGAACGAAGGAAGAAGCUGUUGUCUUUGCGGGAGGAGAAGCUUGAUAUGUCAUAUAGAUUUAUCGAGCAGAAAGCAGCUGGGCUUGACUAUAACAAACCUUACCAGUACUCAGACAUUUUUGAGAAAUUCGGCAAGUAUUAUUGUGUAAACUUUUCUAUCGCCAGAUACGAUGGCGUUAGCGUCUUUCAAGUUGGACGUGCUCUUUACGAACAAGUUGCAGGGAUAGACGAAGCACUAAAUAAUGCAAUGGGAAGCACUACGAUUCGAGAGUCAUUUGACACGAUCAAAUGCAACCUCAUGCAUCAGCGCAUUGUGUCGAGUAUGAAAUGGGAUGACGACGGUGCUGAAAGGAUGCCGGAUAUGGAGUCAAACUCUAUCUUUUACUGCAGAUUUGGUGACAACUCGGCGGUGUUAUCGACUGAUUACAUUGAUCAAGACGAUCUGCACCCAUAUGAUGCGUCGAAUCGCAUCCGUAAGGAUAUUUCAAGUGGUGUGGUGCUAUCUAGCCACACUGAUAGUAAUGGCAUGAAAUUUGUCGUGAUGAAGCGAUAUUUGAUGGCCAAGUACCACAUGUACCCACACAAUGUGUCGGAAAAGCAGCAGAAGCGCUUUUUCGCAAAUAUGCCCAGGCAUUAUGAUGCAAUGAAGUCGCUAAAUCUCAAUCGUCUUCAGCAAGACGAGGAGGUUUGUUAUCCAGACAAGAGCUGCUGA